UUUAAUCACAAGCAAGCCGAUUCAAACAAAAGUCCACAGAUAUUUUAAUAAUGCAACCUUUAUUCUUUCGAAAUGUGUCAGUUGCAAUAGAAAAUUCAAAUAAUUAUAUACAGCAAAUAAAUAAUCUAUGGCUUAAAUCAAUUACUCUGUCGGGUAUAUUAUCUGUCAAUAUUUAGAUAAAAAUAUCGCAGAUAAUAAAAUAACUGACUUUUGUCAGAACGGCUUGCUCACCCUUGCAUAAGUUCGGAAAAUAGUAGAGAGAAACACGUGACUAAUUAUUGUCUUGCCCUUUAAAUCUUGCCCAAUUAGAGAAAAAAAUUAAUAAUACAGACAUAAUCGGUUAAAUAGGCUGAAAGGGAAGGCUGAAUUGCGUACUAAACAGUGUACAAAAAUGCAAACAAUAAAAUCAUUAUAAAAAGUGGAAAAAGGGAAUACGAUUUAACAACAUUUUUUUGAUAAUCGAAGUUUAUAUUAAAUUUUUUUAUAAUGUCUACUCAACCACUUCUUCAAGCUCAAAAACGUAUAGCUCUUCCUACUAGGGUUGAACCUAAAGUAUUUUUCGCAAAUGAAAGAACCUUCCUUUCCUGGCUGCAAUUUACAGUCGUAUUAGGCGGCCUUGCGCUUGGACUUCUUAACUUUGGAGACAAAGUUGGGAAGAUUUCUGCCGCUAUAUUUACGUUUGUUGCUAUGGCCAUUAUGCUCUACGCUCUGUUAAUAUAUCAUUGGAGAGCGACCAAGAUAAGAAAGAGAGAAUCAGGUCCUUAUGAUGAUAGGUACGGGCCGACUGUGCUCUGCUUUUUCCUCGUGGGUGCCGUGGUAACUAAUUUUAUCCUUCGUUUCACGAAUGAUAAAUAAUAGUUUUUCGAUCAAUUUGCUAUUUUCUCUCUCUCUUAACUAUCGUCAUUUUAAUGACAAUUAUAUAUAUAUAUAUAGAUUUACUUUGUAUGUUAAAUAAAAUAAACAAAAAAUUUAGUUCAUGAA